AACGCGUCUUUCAUCUUCAAUUUUCUUUCUAUUUUAGCAGAACAUUCUCCAGCUUCAAAUACUCUAUCAUCAGAUCAAUCAAUCAAUAGUCAUGGCUACCUCUGGAAACAAGAACAUCAACGCCAAAUUGGUGUUACUAGGAGAUGUUGGCGCUGGAAAAUCAAGUCUUGUGCUGCGUUUUGUUAAAGAUCAGUUUGUUGAAUUCCAGGAAUCAACCAUAGGUGCAGCUUUUUUCUCUCAAACAUUGGCUGUGAAUGAUGCGACUGUGAAGUUUGAGAUAUGGGAUACAGCUGGUCAGGAACGAUACCAUAGUUUGGCUCCAAUGUACUACAGGGGUGCAGCUGCUGCUAUUAUUGUCUUUGACAUUACAAAUCAAGCGUCAUUUGAGAGGGCGAAGAAAUGGGUUCAGGAACUGCAGGCACAAGGUAACCCAAAUAUGGUGAUGGCUCUUGCUGGAAACAAAGCUGAUUUAUUAGAUGCAAGAAAGGUGUCUGCAGAGGAGGCAGAGAUAUAUGCUCAAGAGAACAGCCUUUUCUUCAUGGAAACCUCAGCGAAGACCGCGACAAAUGUCAAAGACAUAUUCUACGAAAUUGCGAAAAGGCUACCGCGUGUACAGCCAGCUGAAAACCCGACAGGAAUGGUUCUCCCAAAUGGGCCAGGGGCUACAGCAGUGAGUUCAUCGUGUUGUGCUUAGUUUCGUACCUUAAGAGAGAUCUCUUUUGGUUAGUCACAUAGUAGAGAACAUCGAGACUUUAUGUGUUUGCUUCGUCUUUGUUACUUUACUUUUCUUGCAUUGACAACAACAACAGUGUAUAUCAUGAUGAUACUUCUGCCUUCGUGGAAUCUGAAGAUAUUUGUAUUUGGAGAGAUUUAUUUGGAUCUCUUUUGUAAUUAGAUAUCAUAACUUAGUGUGUGCACUUUAUCAAAAAAGAAAAAUGUGCUUCUAUCUUUCGUUUAUGUUUUAACUUUUAAGUGAAUGCUCAGAGUUAAUAGAUUGUAUCAAUUACU